AUGGAUCCCACUGUAAAACACCAAAAGAUAGAUGAUGAAGAGUGGAGAUAUAUAAAAGCAGAAAGUGACCAGAUUCCAUACAGGCAAGCCAUAGGUAGCUUAUUAUACCUUGCUUGCGGAACACGUCCUGAUAUUACAUUUAGUGCAACCUAUAUGAGACAGUUUAAUGAGAGGUCAUCUGAAUUUCACUGGAGAAGUGUUAAACAUCUUUUCCGCUAUCUUAAAGAGCCCAAGCAUCUAUCCUUUACAUUCAGAAAGACAAAAAGAGCCCUUGAAACAUUCUCUGAUGCUGACUGUGGUACUGAAAAGGUCGACAGAAAGUCUUUCAGUGGAUAUGUUCUUAUCUUAGGUGGUGCUGCAAUAUCUUGGUGCAGUAAGAAGUAG